AUGGCGCCGUCAAGCCAAACGAGCUCCUUCAGACUACUCCAGAAAUUCAAACCUGACUAUUCUCCGAGUGAGUUUACUCAGUAUGAAUCAGAGAGGACGGGCAUGAGGGUAGUGGUCAUUGACCAAAAGGGUCCCAAGGUGACUGGUUAUUUCGUGCUCGCCACGGAGAUCCAUGAUGACUCUGGAGCUCCUCAUACGCUUGAGCACCUGUGCUUUAUGGGGUCGCGGAACUAUAGAUACAAAGGAUUUCUGGAUAAGCUUGCCACUCGGGUGUACUCUGAUACCAACGCCUGGACAGCGACGGACCACACAGCAUACACUCUGGAUACGGCUGGUUGGGAGGGUUUUGCGACCAUUCUUCCAGUAUACCUCGAGCAUGUCAUUGCCCCGACAUUGACCGAUGAGGGAUGCUACACUGAAGUGCAUCACGUCGACGGCGCCGGAAACGAUGCAGGUGUUGUCUACUCUGAGAUGCAAGGUGUGCAGAACAACGCCGCCGAACUGAUUGAUCUCAGUGCACGGAGGCUGCUGUAUCCGGAGGGUGUCGGUUUUCGCUAUGAAACUGGCGGUAUGAUGGAACAACUGCGCGUUCUCACUGCGGAGAGAAUAAGGGAUUUCCAUCGGGAAAUGUAUCAACCCAAAAAUUUGUGCUUGGUGAUCACUGGAGAAGUGGACCACACCAAUAUGCUGGAGAUCUUGGACAAGUUUGAAAGUACGAUUCUAGAUAUCAUCCCAAGUCCAGGAGCACCCUUCAAAAGGCCUUGGGUCGAGUCUAAGCAGGCGCCGCCUGUGGAGAAGACGAUUAUCCAGAAGGUUGAAUUUCCGGAAGAAGAUGAGUCCUUUGGAGAAGUCGAGAUUAGAUUUCUCGGGCCUGAUUGCACUGAUCCCGUCCAAACCGGAGCGGUGAAUGUUGUGCUGUUGUAUCUAUCUGGCUCUUCUGCUUCUCUUCUGGAGAACACUUUAGUGGAGAAGGAGCAAGUUGCCAGUGCCGUCUAUUACUCCACCGAGGAUCAUCCAAGCAUCGAAAUCCGAUUCACCUUGACCAGUGUGGAGACAAAGAAACUCGCACAGGUGGAGAAGAGAUUCUUCGAGGUUUUGAAGGAGGCCAUGGAGAAGAAGCUUGAUAUGAAAUAUCUGCGUGAGUGUAUCGACCGACAGCGGCGUACCUGGAAGUUCUCCACCGAAAACUCGGCCUCCUCGUUUGCCGAAUACGUGAUUUCAGACUUCUUGUUUGGAAAAAGAGAUGGCUCGACAAUGUUGGAUGUUGCAAGCUUGAAAGAGUAUGAUGUCCUUGAAAAAUGGAGCGAAGAUCAGUGGCGUACUUUCAUCAAGAAGUGGAUUGCCGAUGCGCCUCAUAUCUCAAUUCUCGGUGUUCCUUCUAUAAAACUGUCUGAAAAGCUCAAGGAGGAGGAAGAGGCCCGCGUUGCAGAACAAAAAGAACGACUCGGUGAAGAUGGCUUAAAAAGGCUUGCUGAGAAGCUGGAAAGAGCGAAGGUUGAAAAUGACAAGGAAAUACCUAAGGAGAUGCUGGCCGAAUUCGCAAUUCCCGGAACCGACUCGAUUCAUUUCGUAGAGACUACGACGGCUCGAUCUGGUGCUGCUCUGAAAGCUGGACGCCCGGGCCACAAGAUCCAGAAGCUGGUGGAUAACGACGACUCAAGUCUUCCACUCUUCAUACACUUCGAGCACAUUGAGAGCAGCUUCGUUCAGCUCUCGCUUCUUAUCUCGGCUCAAUCAAUUGAUGUGCAGCUUCGCCCACUUCUCUCUGUGUACACAGAAGCUUUCUUCAACCUGCCCAUCGAGCGCGAUGGAAAGACAAUCAACUUUGAGCAGGUCGUGGUUGAACUUGAAAGAGAUACCGUUGGCUACUCCAUGGAGGGGGGCAGAAACCUGGGUAACUCGGAGAUGCUUCGUAUCUCGUUCCAAGUGGAACUGGAAAAAUAUAGCACGGCUAUUGCCUGGAUCCAGGAACUGUCUUGGAACACCGUGUUUGAUGUUGAGAGACUCCGAGCGAUCGCCAGCCGACUGCUCUCCGAUGUACCGGAUGCGAAGCGCAGCGGAGAUGACAUGCUGGCAGCAGUACAUGUCAUGGUCCAUUAUGCACCGGAGUCAAUCGUGCGCGCUCGGAGCACACUGGUGAAAGCCCGGUAUCUCAAGCGUGUCAAGAAGCUUCUUGCCGACCAACCAUCCCUGGUUGUAGAGCGUAUGGAAGAAAUUAGGAAGUCUCUCUUCAAAUUUGAGAACAUCCGGGUCCUGGUCAUUGCCGACCUUGAGAAACUGCGCAACCCCGUUUCUUCCUGGAAGUCGUUUUCUGAACGUCUUGGAGCCACCGCAUCUCUCCAGCCUAUCACCGAUCGUCGAGCACUGCUGAGCGAGGCGGGAAAGAGCCUGGGCAAGAAGGCCUACGUGGUUCCGAUGCCCACGAUUGACUCGUCCUUUGCCUACGCCUCUGCAAGAGGUCUGGACUCGUACGACCACCCUAAGCUUCCGGCCUUGUUGGUCGCGAACGCAUACAUGAACUCAGUGGAAGGUCCCCUCUGGGUAGCUGUCCGCGGCAAGGGCCUGGCUUAUGGCGCGAAAUUCGCGUACAACAUCGAUACUGGCUUUGUCAAUUAUGACGUUUACCGGUCUCCUAAUGUUUCCAAGGCAUUCACUGCCGGCAAGAAAAUUGUUGAGGACCACCUGUCUGGCGAGACGCCGUUCGACCCGAUGAUGUUGGAGGGUGCUAUCAGUAGCAUCGUGGUGGGCUUUGCCAAUGAACAAGCUACGGUUGCGAAUGCCGCACAGGGCAGUUUCACCCGCCAGGUUGUACGCAACCUGCCAAGCGACUACAAGGAGAAAAUGCUUAAGAAGGUUCGUGGGAUUAGCGUGGAGGAGGUCAAGGAAGCGUUACGCGACAUCAUCCUUCCUCUCUUCAACCCCGAAAGCGCCAACAUUGUCAUCACCUGUGCGACUGUACUUGAAGAGACGAUCAAGGAAGGACUCGAGGCUUCUGGAUUUUCUCCUGUUUCUCAAGGUCUGAAGGAGUUUGAAGACGACUAUGGACUGAAGCUCGAUGGAGACGAAGCCGAUGACAACGACGAUGACGACGACGACGACGAUGAUGACAGCGACGAUGAUGAAGAGUAUGAAUCGGGGUCGGACGAUGAUGACGAGGAGGAUGAUUCCGAGUAG